AUCACGCCGUCCCACCACAUCUCCUCCCCAAAUGGACACGACUCACUAAGCAACCACCAGGAGCAAACCAAUCAGCUGAGUCCAGAGGUUAAUGGAAACCAGUAUUUACCAGCUCCCAGCAUCUUGGAAAAAUACAAUGUGGGGAAAGUCAUCGGAGAUGGUAACUUUGCUGUGGUCAAGGAGUGUGUGGAGAGGUCCACGGGGAAAGAGUUCGCGCUCAAAAUCAUCGACAAGGCCAAGUGCCGUGGAAAGGAGCACCUGAUAGAAAACGAGGUGGCAGUGCUGCGGAAGGUCAAACACCCGAACAUCAUCAUGUUGGUGGAGGAGCUGGACACCCCCUCUGAGCUGUGUCUGGUUAUGGAGCUAGUCAAGGGAGGAGAUUUAUUUGACGCCAUCACGUCCUCCGCCAAGUACACUGAGAAAGACGCCAGCACCAUGGUAUACAACCUGGCCGGGGCUCUGAAGUACCUGCACCACAUGAACAUCGUCCACAGAGACAUUAAACCAGAAAACCUGCUGGUGUUUGAUCACCCAGAUGGCACUAAGUCACUGAAACUUGGAGACUUUGGCCUGGCUACAGUAGUGGAGGGUCCGUUGUACACCGUGUGUGGGACUCCCACGUACGUGGCUCCGGAAAUCAUUGCUGAGUCAGGUUAUGGUCUAAAGGUGGAUGUCUGGGCUGCAGGUGUGAUCACCUACAUUCUGCUGUGUGGCUUCCCCCCAUUCAGAAGUGAGAAUAAUAAACAAGAGGACCUAUUUGAACAGAUUCUACUGGGGCAGCUGGACUUCCCCAGUCCUUACUGGGACAACAUCACCGACUCAGCUAAGGAGUUGAUUGGAAAGAUGUUGCAGGUAAAGGCAGAUGCUCGAUACACGGCACAGGAUGUCCUCUUACACCCAUGGGUCACGGACGAGGCAGUCGUAGAGAACAACAUGCAGUCAGAGGUGACAGGUAAACUGAAGACGCACUUCAACUCUGCGCCGAAGCACAACACCACCACAGCUGGAGUGUCGGUCAUCAUGAACACAGCUCUAGAUAAGGAGACCCUCCAACUCGCCACCCGUUGUUAUUCGGGACCACAAGAGGCCGUCCGAGUCCCACCAGCUUCUCCGUUAAAACAGGCACCAGAAUCUGCUGGGUCAGCGUUUUUACAAGUGGGCGUUCCUCCUGAGGCGUCUGAUGCUGCUGGGACAGAAACUACAUCAAAACGUCCUGAAUCUAAUUCCCCAAACGACAGCCCCCCAUCAGCUGCUGAGCCCGAUCGGCCCCCCUCUGCUCCUCCGUGCCUGCUGUCACCCACUUCUGACUCUUCACCUUCUAAGCCCCCCUCGCUGCCACCUUUAGCAGCACCCUGCUCGUCUUUAGGCCCUAUCUCACCCUCUGAGCCUCCUCCGCUCUCGUGUCCCUCCCCGUCUCCCAACAAGCUGUCCCCUUCCCACGUCUCCCCCUUCCAGCCCGUCGUCUUCUUCCCACUUUCGUCGCCGACGAAACAAGCCCCGCCCUCUCCAUCUUCUAUCCACCCAACCCUGUUCCCCUCUCCUCCCUCCACACCUCCACCUCCUUCUCCCGGGCCUCUGCUGUCUGAGGAACUCCUGGAGAAAGUCUGAACUCCUGCUCGCUCAUCAAUCCAGCGAUGGGAUGAAAAGGCUAAAAGACACAUCUGUAGACUGAGCCAGUGACUGCUGUAGCUGCAGGUUUUCUGCUCCAAAUCUUUUUUCCUGUUUUUUUUUUUUGUGUGUGUGUGUGUGUGUGUGUGUGUGUGUGUGUGUGUAUGUGUGAAAAUGAGGCGUUUGAAUGUAUACACAUUUUUAAUUUAUUAAUGAAGUAUGAAAGAGGAUGAACUGAGCUUUAUUCUCCAGGGGUUUCUCUCUUAAGAAAUAAUAUAUUGUUUUAUUAUAGUUAUGUGGCCCUCGUUAAGUACAAAUACACCAUUUUAUCAGCUGUUCUUGCUUUAGCAGUAAAAAGUACUGUAAUGUCCCACAGAAACAAAACUGGUUCAGAACUAUGCUGAUAACUUGAAGUUCUGCGAUACACUGAGUGGACAAAGUCAGGAUGAUGUCUGCUGAAAAGUUAAUAAAGAAAUCUGUGCUUCAAACA